AUGGAACAAUCGCUUGACGCAUGUAUCCUGGUGCGUUUGCUGUUGAUAGCGUCACAACUUCCGAACCUGCCUUGCGCUCCAAACACUUAUGAGUCUCGUGUCAUCAUCAUUGGUCGCUAUCGCCCUGAGGCCCCCCGUUGCUACACGGCAACGGUCAAAUCGGACGCUUUCAGCUUCGUACCCGUCACCCGAAUGGUCUCCUUUACACCCAAGAUGAGCGUGAGCUUUAUAGAGAUUCGGCCGAGAACGCCACAGUUACUAAGGGCACAGAUCCUUGAAGGAGGGAUCGGAAUCGCCCCACUCAAACCCACCACAUUGGCACUCACAACGGAAUUCGGGGGUCGACUGAACGCGGAAAUAGAAGUGUACUGUGCAUGA